AUGAGGACGCGUGCAGCUCGACUGGACAACGCGAUAUAUGGUGGCGAGGGGAAGAUCUCGCCCGAAAUCACCACCUUGAUGUCGGCCCAAAGCGAUCCCCACGACAGUUGCAUCAACUACGUCCAGUCUGACGACCUGGGCGGGGCCGAAACUAAACUCCUAGAUAUGGUGCGACAUAAAAAUCGAGAAUUCGAGGAGGAAGCUCAAGACAAAACUCUCGAUUUGCCGCAAGAUGACAUUUCUGAUGAGUUGGCGCCUCUAGUAAUGCCUGGAUUACAAAAAGUCAGUCCACCCCAAAAUGAGGAAUUACCUCGCUGGUCGAUACGUCGGUCGAUUUGUCCCGUAUGCUCACAGAAGUGGAGGGAUAAAUCUUCCAUCUACAAUGUGAAGUCCUCGGGACUGAAAAGAUACUCUUCAGCGGACUUGCCAUCAGUGAUAGCGCCGGCUCGAUUGAGAGCGUCCAUCACAAUGGCUUAUGUCCCUCGUCCUGCCCUGGCAGCCGUGGAUGAAAGUGUUGGAGUUGGCAGAGCAAUGCGGAACACAAGCGCUUCCUGGCAGUUAACGCGAGCUCGUCGCUUCCGAAUUCCAAAACCACAAAUGCCUUCCCCAGAAGCCAUAGCUCCCCCAAUUUCUACCGCUCCGAUGGCACGUAAAGAUCUGGACAUUCGAGUGAACAGGUUCGGUAGUGGAAAUGGAAAGGCAGCCCGAAUAAUGUGGCGUCCUAUCCCAAUGACGGCAGAAAGAAAAAUAAAUAUUAAUCUUAUAACCAUAGUAUUGCAUAAAACCAAAUCUGUGUUGCAUAAAACCUAUUUUCUUCGUGUCAAGACAAAAUGUUACUUCACACGUUUGCCAUCAAAGAAUCCCUCAACCGUUUUAAAACUUGAGAAAUGUAAGCUUCCUGACUUGGGUCCGAAAGAUGUACUAGUACGAAUGCUAGCCGCUCCUGUCAACCCGGCUGAUAUCAACACUAUUCAAGGUAAAUACCCUAUCAAACUGAAAUUACCUUGCAUACCUGGCAAUGAAGGUGUGGGAAUAGUGGAAAAGGUUGGAAGCGAAGUAAAAAAGUUAUGUCAAGGAAAUAAAGUUAUUCUCACGAUGCCUACUCAAGGCACUUGGAGGACCCUAGCUGUAUUCAGUUCCUUUGCACUAACAGCAGUUCCAGAUGCUUUGCGAGUUCCAGAAGCUGCAACACUAGCCGUAAACCCUUGCACAAGCUUCAGAUUGCUAAGUGAUUUUAUACCCGUGCGUGGAACCGACCUAAUCGUCAUUCAAAAUGGAGCGAAUAGUUCUUGCGGCCAAAAUAUUAUACAAUUGUGCAAGGUUUGGGGUGUUCAAAAUAUCAACAUUGUGCGUAACCGACCCGAAAUAGAUGAUUUAAAAAAGCAGUUGUUAUCUUUGGGAGCUACUCAUGUCCUAACGGAGGAAGAAGCAAAAGUUACCUCUUUGUUCAAAAAUAAAGAAAUUGAAAAUCCUUCCCUUGGCUUGAACUGUGUGGGUGGACAGAGCUCGUUGCUAAUAGCAAAAUAUUUAAAACAUUCUGGCUGUAUGGUUACGUAUGGAGGAAUGUCGAAAAAACCAGUGACUAUCCCAACUUCAGCGUUUAUUUUCAAAAACGUAAGGUUUCGGGGCUUCUGGAUGACUGAUUGGAAUAAAAGAGCUAGGAACUCGGCAGCGAGAGACGGAAUGUUGUCAGAAAUUAUUCAACUAAUGUUAAAAAAUAAACUUAAAGCUCCUACUCACAAGUUGAUUAAAUUCGAAAAUUAUUUAGAAGCUAUUGAAAAUACUCUCACUUCGAAAGGUUUUCGAAAACAUAAAUAUAUUUUAGACUUUCGCUAA